UCCCGAGGAGGCGGGACUUCCGCCCCGAGAGCAAGGGCGAGCCGGAUAUCCGGCCGGCGGCGGAUGUUGACAGUUGAGAGGCUCGGUUAAGCACAAGACUCCAGCACUGGCAUGGCAGACGACAACGAGGACUUGCAGGCGGACGAGGACCUCCCUGUCCCCGAGGAGGAGACGUUUGACCAGCUGGAGAACAGCAGCCCCGCCGAACGCAGCGGGCACGUCGCAGUCACCGACGGCCAGUGCAUGUUCGUGUGGGGAGGAUAUAAGAACGCCCAGGUGAGGGGCUUUUAUGACUUCUACUUGCCGAGAGAUGAGAUCUGGAUCUACAAUAUGGAAACCGGAAGAUGGACAAAGCACAGGACGGCGGGAGACGUGCCUCCUUCCAUGUCGGGCAGCUGUGCCGUCUGUGUGGACAGAGUCCUGUACCUGUUUGGAGGACACCACGCACGAGGCAACACCAAUAAGUUCUACAUGCUGAAUUCCCGAGCGACCGAUAAAGUCCUGCAGUGGGUGCGGGUGGAGUGCCAGGGCGUGCCGCCCUCCUCCAAGGACAAGCUGGGCGUUUGGGUGUAUAAAACAAGUAAGCUGAUAUUCUUCGGCGGCUACGGGUACUACCCCGAAGGAGAGCAAAUCGGAACGUUCGAGUUUGACGAGACCUCUUUCUGGAAUGCAGGUCAUCCUCGCGGAUGGAACGAUCACGUCCACGUGCUGGACACAGACACUUUUACGUGGAGUCGGCCUGUGACAACGGGCAAAUCGCCCUCUCCCCGGGCCGCCCACGCCUGCGCCACAGUCGGAAACCGAGGCUACGUCUUUGGGGGCAGAUAUCGAGACUCACGAAUGAAUGAUCUCUACUGUCUCAACCUGGAUACGUGGGAGUGGCAUGAAAUCAUCACGCAAGGGUCGUGCCCCGUCGGCCGCUCCUGGCAUUCGUUAACCCCGGUGUCGUCCGACCACCUCUUCCUCUUUGGCGGGUUCACCACCGACAAGCAGCCACUGAGUGACGCCUGGAUUUAUUGCAUCAGUAAAAACAAGUGGAUACAAUUUCAGCACAAUUACACAGAGAAACCCCGGCUCUGGCAUACGGCCUGCGCCAGCGAAGAAGGGGAGGUGAUCGUCUUUGGCGGCUGCGCUAACAACCUACUCGCCCAUCACAAAGCGGCACACAGUAAUGAGAUCCUGGUGUUUUCUCUGCAACCGAAAUCUCUCGUAAGGCUCUGCGUGGAAGCCAUCCUGUGUUUCCGGGAGGCUUUGGCCAGCUCCUUGCAGUGCCUGCCCAAACACCUCCUCCACAGCCUCAACCAGCGCUUCGACAGCAGCAGCAACAACACCUCCGGCUCCUAGGCCGCCCCCCCACCCCGCCUCGGGCACGGAUGAGCCCGCCUGGAAAGAGACGGAACCAUCGUCUGACCGUCCCCCUCUGUGACGUUUGUACAGGCUAAUAUUCUCCCCCACCCCCUUUUUUUUUUUGCAUCGUCGUAGGGUAACCAGACGCUUCAUGGCUUUCACCUCUCGGUUGCAUGUGAAUGGCUUAGAGAGAAAGAGAAACCUAUUUUUGUGUACAAAGACGUUUGCAAUAAAUGUAUUUAAUGCAAGUGCA